AUGGACCCAAAGGAUGACUUGUCCGACACAUUCCGCUCUUUGUCGCUCGGCAAACCGGACCUACUGCACAAGCCGUCCAAAUCGUUAAACAAACCUCACGUACAAACUGUACCGGGCCAGUUCCAGUUUUCUAACGACUUUCUCCAGCCGAUCUCUGUGAAAUCCAAACAAUGGAACAGUAAGAAAAUUGAUGUGCAAAAGCUGCAAACUAACCGAGGAUCAUUUGCAAAGUAUGCGGGAAAACAUGUCAUUCAUCCACCGGCAGCUCCGAAGGUGGUUCCGAGAGAACAGCUUCCGCCGGCUGUACUAGGGACCACCAACAAUUUCGAGAGAAUAGAAGCCAUUGCAGAUAACAUUGCUGACGAAGCAGAUACGAUCAGAACCAAGGAGCUGAUUGAAGAGUUACUCAAACCGACAGAGUACCCUAAAGUCGCGGUCGACCCCAAAGAUAAGAUAAUACCCGGACUUCACGCUGAGUUGUAUGAUCAUCAGGUCCUAGGCUUGAGAUUUCUGCUCAAAAGAGAGAAGGCCAAGCCAGCAGAAAGGGAUUACCUGAAGACGGAGGAUGACAAGAAUGAGGACGCUUUUUUAUUUAAUGUUGGAGGUAUUUUGGCAGAUGAUAUGGGUUUAGGGAAAACUGUCCAAAUAAUAGCAUUGAUGUUGAAAAAUCAAUCAAAGAAGCAGGAAACAAGCAAAUCUAAGACUACGUUGAUAGUCUGCCCUGCAUCUUUGGUAUCCCAGUGGUGUACCGAAAUCGAGACCAAAGCACCGGACCUUAGCGUCCUGUCUUACCACGGACCAAAACGACCUUCGGAUUCCAAGAUUGUUCACAAGUAUGAUGUUGUUGUAACAUCCUACCCGACACUGUCAUCUGAAAACAGUAAGACAGCGUCCCCCUUGCUCGACUCCGAGUAUCCAUUCCGAAGAGUCGUUUUAGACGAAGCCCAUACUAUCAAAAAUCCAGAGACGAAAAGUCAUAUUGCAUGUUGUAAUGUGCUGGCGGAGCGGAGAUGGUGUUUAACUGGCACACCAAUUCAAAACAGAAUUGAGGAGUUGUAUUCGCUCUUCAGGUUUUUGGGGGUAAAUAAGUACGAAAACAUGCAAAUUUGGAAAAAAAGGAUAUCUUCUCCAUUGUCAUCACACCAGCCUGAUGAUCCUCCCAAGGCUUUAAAAAGACUUCAUUCCAUGCUUGAUGAGUUCAUGCUUCGAAGAACCAAACAGGUCUUGAUAGAUAACAAUGUUUUGACAGUCAGUAAGACAAUACACCGUGAAACAUUAGAUUUUACGCCAUUUGAAAGGAGGCUUUACGAUCAACUUGAAAAGAAAAUAGUGCACAAUAUAUUGGGCCAAGAACUGGAUUUGGAAAAACAGAACGCUGGAACUUUAGAUAGGAAACAGAACGUUGAUUUGAGCUACAUGAGUAUUUUUACCUACUUGCUUCGUUUGAGGCAGCUGUGUUGUCAUUGGGAGCUUUUGUUUAACCUCUCUCAACAAUUUGAGGAUGAUUCAUUGAUGACGGAGAUAAAAUCGACCAUGGCAGGAUUAAAAGCUGAAAAAAGCAUAAGCAAUCGUGAGUUAGAUGAUGCAUUGAUUGAUAAUGACCUUCAAGAUCUUCUAGGCUCCAUGAAAAAUAUGAAUCUUGAUAAUGGUAAUGGUUCACAAAUGCUUAAAGAAGUUGAUGUAGGGAAAAAGGAGAAAUCCGGUGAAAAUGCUCAGUCCCUGCAUGCUAUCAAAUUACAAAGAACUUUGAAUAUCCUCAAAAAGGACGACAAAGUUAAACCGCGUAAAACAAUUAUUUUUUCGGAGUUCACUUCUAUGCUUGACAUACUAUCGGAGUCGUUAACUAAAAAUGGAAUCAGAUUUGUCCGAUACGACGGUAAGAUGGACAAAACAUUGAAAGACCUUACCUUGAGGAGCUUAACCGAUGAUCCUGGAAUACAUGUUCUUUUAUGCUCUCUCAAAUGUGGCGCCUAUGGGUUGAACAUUACCUCUUGUUCCAGGGUCAUUUUGUAUGAGCCAUUUUGGAAUCCAGCUAUUGGAGCACAGGCGGUGGAUAGGGCGUACAGAAUUGGUCAAUUGUCGAAUGUGGAUGUGCAUGAAUUUUACGUUUCGGAGACAGUUGAGAUUCGGAUCCGGGAAUUACAGGACAAGAAGCGGGAGCUCAUGCAGGCAGUUGUAGACAAAGAUGCCCAAUCCACAGCGAAGCUAAUUGGUAACGGAUUGAGCAAAGCAGAAUUGUUUGGAUUGCUAGGAUUGAGCGGUGUGGCAUGA